AUGGCGGAUGCCUGGGAGGAGAUCAGGCGGUUGGCGGCCGACUUCCAGCGGGCGCAGUUCGCCGAGGCCACGCAGAGGUUGUCAGAGCGGAACUGCAUUGAGAUUGUGACUAAAUUGAUUGCUCAGAAACAGCUAGAAGUAGUUCAUACACUUGAUGGGAAGGAAUAUGUUACUCCAGCCCAAAUUAGUAAAGAAAUGAGAGAUGAGCUACAUAUCCGAGGUGGUCGGGUAAACAUUGUUGAUCUGCAACAGGUAAUUAAUGUGGAUCUGACUCAUAUUGAAAGUAGAAUUAGUGACAUUGUUAAAUCAGAAAAGCAUGUUCAGCUAGUGUUGGGUCAGCUGAUAGAUGAAAACUAUCUGGAUCGGUUAGCAGAAGAGGUAAAUGAUAAAUUGCAAGAAAGUGGUCAGAUAACCAUAUCAGAACUGUGUAAAACCUAUGAUCUUCCUGGGAACUUUCUCACACAGGCACUAACUCAGCGACUAGGUAGAAUUAUUAAUGGACACAUUGAUCUUGAUAACAGAGGAGUAAUAUUUACUGAAGCUUUUGUAGCUCGACAUAAAGCACGCAUCCGUGGACUGUUCAGUGCUAUUACCCGGCCUACAGCAGUGAAUUCUUUGAUAUCAAAAUAUGGAUUUCAGGAGCAGCUUCUUUACUCUGUCCUUGAAGAACUUGUCAAUAGUGGACGCUUACGAGGCACUGUGGUUGGUGGGAGACAAGAUAAGGCCGUGUUUCUACCUGACAUUUAUUCCAGAACACAGAGUACUUGGGUGGAUUCCUUUUUCAGGCAGAAUGGCUAUCUAGAAUUCGAUGCUUUGUCCAGACUGGGAAUUCCAGAUGCUGUGAGCUACAUAAGGAAAAGAUACAAGACUACACAACUCUUAUUUUUGAAAGCAGCUUGUGUUGGUCAAGGACUUGUGGAUCAGGUGGAAGCAUCGGUAGAGGAAGCCAUCAGCUCUGGAACUUGGGUUGAUAUUGCACCUCUGCUACCCAGUUCUUUAUCAGUUGAAGAUGCUGCAAUGUUGCUUCAACAAGUGAUGAGAAGAUUCAGCAAACAGCCUUCAGCUGUAGUCUUUAGUGACACUGUUGCAGUCAGUGAAAAAUUUAUAAAUGACUGUAUAGAACUCUUCAGUGAACUGAUGCACCAAAAAGCUGAAAAGGAAAUGAAAAAUAACCCAGUUCAUUUAAUCACUGAAGAAGAUCUGAAACAAGUCUCCAUUUUAGAAAGUAGUAAUACAAGUAAGAAGGAUAAAAAAGAUGAACGAAGAAGGAAAGCAACAGAGGGCAGUGGAAGUGUGAGAGGAGGAGGUGGGAGCAAUGCCAGAGAGUACAAAAUUAAAAAAACCAAGAAGAAAGGAAGAAAAGAUGAUGAUAGUGACGAUGAGUCAUCUCACACUGGAAAGAAGAAGCCAGAGGUCACUUUUAUGUUCCAAGAUGAGAUUGAAGAUUUUUUAAGAAAACGCAUACAAGAUGCGCCUGAGGAGUUUCUUUCUGAACUAGCUGAGUACUUAAUAAAACCUCUUAAUAAAAUUUACCUUGAGGUGGUACGUUCAGUAUUCAUGUCUUCAACAACUGCCUCUGGAACUGGCAGAAAGCGCACAAUCAAGGACUUGCAAGAAGAGGUUUCAAACCUAUACAAUAAUAUUCGAUUAUUUGAAAAAGGGAUGAAGUUCUUUACAGAUGAUACCCAGACUGCCCUUACCAGGCACUUGCUAAAGACAGUCUGUACUAAUGUCACCAAUCUCAUUUUCAACUUCUUAGCUUCGGAUUUAAUGAUGGCAGUUGAUGAUCCUGCAGCCAUUACAAGUGAAGUAAGAAAAAAAAUUUUGAGUAAAUUAACAGAAGAAACUAAAGUAGUCCUCACAAAACUCCAUAGCUCCUUGAAUGAAAAGAGCAUAGAAGACUUUCUUUCUUGUCUGGAUUCUGCAGCAGAAACUUGUGAUAUUAUGGUGAAAAGGGGAGACAAAAAAAGGGAAAGACAGAUUCUGUUCCAGCAUCGACAAGCACUGGCUGAACAGCUAAAAAUCACAGAAGACCCUGCUCUUAUCCUGCACCUCACAUCAGUCCUGUUGUUUCAGUCCUCAACCCACAGCAUGCUCCAUGCACCUGGAAGAUGUGUCCCACAGAUCAUCACUCUUCUUAAGAGUAAAAUUCCAGAGGACCAGCAUACACUUUUGGUAAAGUAUCAAGGACUGGUUGUAAAGCAUUUAGUUCAUCAGAAUAAGAAGACUGGGCAGGAAGAGGAUUCCUUGAGUGAUGAAUUAGACAAUGAAGAAGAAGAUAGCACCAGUACUACUCGUAAAGAGCUUCAAGAACUUUCUUCAUCCAUUAAAGACCUUGUUCUCAAAUCCAGGAAAUCAUCUAUGACAGAAGAGAGAAAUCUUUAG